CGUUUAAUCCACCUGCGUGCUAUCACACUGCACUCCAGGGCAGAUGCCUAUUUCACAUUUCACCCCCUCUCCCCCCCAAAAACAACCACUGCCUUUUCCAUCACUUGCUUUAAAAGCCGUCGCUUCAUUUAUUGCGAUAAGUAGCUUCCAAAGCGCCAAAGUUGCCCCGCGAUGGAGUCAAAGCGAGAUAAAGACCAAGAGGCCGACUGUGAGAAGAUCACUGCUGUGCUGCUCAAGUCACGUACUGGAGAAUUCGAUUUGGAGUCCAUACUGUUCCUCAAAUUGAGAGGUCUUGGAAUCCAUGAUCUUGGAUGCCUUGGAGAGUGUAUGAGUUUAGAGAAACUGGACCUCUCUGCAAAUAACAUCACAAAUUUAGCCCCUCUAGCAUCUCUGCGUCUUCUUUCUGUUCUCGGUUUAUCUGCCAACAGGAUUUCCAAUUUAGAGCCCUUGCGCAGUUGUGAAAGUUUACAGCAUUUAAACUUGGCUGGUAAUAUCAUAUCCAGCAUUGAGAGCCUACACUGCCUUCAGCCUUUGAGAAAGCUGGAAAAUAUACGUCUUAAAGACCACACAUACAAUUAUAGUAAUCCAGUGUGCAGGAACUCUGCAUAUAGAAAUAUAGUUCUGGAGAUGUUCCCCAACAUCAAAGUGCUGGAUGGCGAAAGAGUGGUCGGACGUGGGAGUGACUUGUACCAAUUAUGCAAAGACAUUGAUGAUACCAUCAAAGCUGGUUUGUACAAGAACGGACAGCUUGUUGAACAUUCCGAUUGCAAACCAUGGGUGGAGGAUAAUUACUGGGAGAUAAAACGAUCAAAUAAUGCCAUUAUUGAAGAAGCUUACAAACAGUUUAACGAUGUACUUCAUGAAUGCAGACUCCUCAACAACAGAGCCACUCAUGUAAUUUCGCAAACUGAAAGAUCUAUGAGCUUGAAGAAGCAGCCGAAGCAGUAUGCUAUCUGAGUUGGGCUAUUUUAGACACAGUUUUUUUCAAGGGUAUACCAUGGCUGAUGUACUGUAUGUUUUUUUUCUUCAAAUCACUAAGCUUUAUCCAAAUGCUUGAUAAGUAUCAUUGCCAAACACAUGCUUUGUGUUGCAGUGUGGGGCAUUUGUUGAAAUGCUAUCUCAUCCUAUGCAUUGCGUAUCAAAGGAUACAUGUAAGUGGUUUGGAAAUCUUUAUCCAUACUGAACCUCCUCAGUUUGGUUUUAAAGACGUCUUUACUUGCACAGUGUGCAUUUUGUACCAUCCUGUAGCCUGCAUUUAUGCUGAGCGAAAUGCUGCUUAAGAUUUUCUAUAGGUUUUAUGUAAAAGCUUUUUUUUCCAUUUUGCAUUGCUGGAUAGUUUUGGGAGUAAAUGUAUCCCAUGCUGUAUGCUUUCUUUGUAAGGUGAACGUUUACAAAAGUGGAUUGGAUGAUUGUUUCAGCUGUUUUUACUUGUUUUGUAUCAUAGAGUUGACUAAAUGUGUGGAACCAACUUGUGGCAAAUACAAUGCUUAUGAAGUUGUGCUUUACCUUCCUGAUUUUUUCUCACACUUACAACUGUUGCUCUAUGGAGGACUAAAAAUGAAGUUUAAAUAAAUGUAUAAAUGAAUGCGUGAAUACCCGUAUGAAUAAAUGCUUAUAUAAAAUAAUAAAUACAUUAAUGUAUUAAUAAAAGUUUACACCUAAACAGAACAUAAUCAAAUAAAUCGAUUUCUACAUUUAUUUCUA